AAGAACAUUAAAGACAAUAGUUCAAACCAAAUAAACAAAUACACAAAAUACUGGACAAUUAGCAAAGGUUUAGAUGCAUCACUCUCAUUGUUUGUGACAUCAGUAGAAAACUGUGGGAUUCUGCUCUCACCUGUCAAAUACUUGAGGUCUCUUGAUUAAUCUCAGAUGUCGUUUUAAUCAUAUUUUAUAGUGCAAAGAGCAAGGGAUGUCUCCCGCUAGGUUGGGAAUCCAAGAAGGAGUGUCGAAGACAACUAAAAAUAGCUACGGCAUCCAAACCUCAGUACCAUUCAGGCAAGGAAAGUAUUACUUUUUUGAUGCUUUCAGCUUGCAAUGGUAAAGUACUGUACAGCUGGUUACAGAAGUGACCUCCGCAUCAGCCUCUGUGUGAUGUACAUUAUGACAUGUUUUGCACCCCUACAACCCAAGUCAAUGGCUUACUGAUAAAGCCCUAAAUGACGUGUUUAGGUUUAUUUAAUACCAAUUUGACCAGGACUGAUUUCCUUAUUCAAGCAAGUUGGUCAUACAAAUGGGAGCCCCAUAAUGGACAUUUUGAACUUUGUUAACUUCCACUCUGACUACCACGAGAAUGUACAGCAUUUUUAAUUGUUUCAGGGCAAUAAUAAAUGCAUGGUAUGGACGAAGUGAAACACCAGGUGACAAUGAGGAAUCCACAACAAACAGCACAUUAUCAGUGUCAAAAUCUGAAACUAUUGACCUGGAACCAUUAAUGGAAGAUGAGUCGGAAAAUAACAUCAUAAUCACUGAAAUGCUCGCAUCUCUAUCAAUAUUGGAGGAGGCAGAGGCUUCUGUGUUUGAAAGGCACACAAUGCUCCAAAUGCCCCACAUGAUCGCUCAGUUAAGUGGAAUUAUUGAGAUGGAUUCUCAGGAGGAAAAGGAAGCAAAUGAGCCCUUGGAGACAUCGAUACCUGAACGUAAGCCACGUCCGAUACGAAAAGCACAUUUACCAGAUAUAGAGAAUAAAAGAGCAAACGUCAUCACAGAGAUCAUAAACACGGAGAGGGACUAUGUCAAAAAUCUACGGGAUAUUAAUGAGGGCUACUACAAACAGUGUUAUAAAGCAAAAGACUUGUUCCCUCAUGCACGAAUGGUAACUCUCUUUUCAAACAUCGUGGAUAUUUACAAAAUGCACAAGAAAUUGCUAUCCUGCAUGGAGAAGAAUUACAACUUAGAACAUCCCCACAUGAGUGAGUUUGGUGCCUGCUUCAUGGAGCAAAUGCCAAGUUUUAUGAUGUAUGCUGAAUACUGCAAACAUCAUUUAGAUGCUCUUGAGGAAUGGUCCAAACUGAUAAUGGUGGAAAAAUAUACUUACUUUUUUGAGGUCUGUCGAAUGCGUCAACAGAUGAUCAACCUCCAACUAGAUGGGUUUCUGAUUAUGCCGGUGCAAAAGAUUUGUAAAUAUCCAUUACUGCUGAAGGAGCUACUGACAACCACCUUACCUUCCCACCCGGAUAUCAAGAAUGUGGAAGCAUCCGUAGUUGCCAUUCGGAAAGUUCUCGAUGCGAUUAAUACUGAGAAAGCAAAGGACGAGGAGGAAGAUAAAUUAUUAUCGUUUCAGCGGACGGUUUCAAAUUGGCUGGGUGAAGAUCUUACAUUCCGCAGCAGUCAAAUGGUCCACCGUGGUGAUUUAGUCGUGAUUGUCCUACGACGUGGCAGGGCAAAGAAUUUUGUGACUUUCCUCUUUGACAAUCAGAUGAUUUUAUGCAAAAAGGACCUGAUACGUCGCCACAUACUUUACUACAAAGAAAGAAUCUACAUAGAAACCGGCAUGGUGGAAGAUGUGCUUGAUGGGGUUGACGAGGAAUUUGACAGUCGAGUCAAAUAUGCUUUCAAACUUAGAAGCAAGCUUUUCGAAGACCAAUGUAGACUUUUCUUUGCAAAGAAUCUUGCAGACAAACAAUUAUGGCUUCGUUCCUUUCAUGAGGAGAGGAAUAUUGCCGAAGGUGAUAAAUUCGAGGAAAGCUUCUAUGAUUUUCCUGCACUGAACCAAUCGACUGUGACGCAAGAACAAUUGUCUUUCUUAUCUCAGCCUGCACGCAGGAAGUCAACCAAGCUGCGCAAUUUCAGGGGUAGAAUUUUCUCGUAAUGGAAAUGUAGGUGUGCUACUCCUUGCAGCCUUUUGAAGACUAUUUGCCCUGGCCGCGCACUUGUGCUCUCCGUGGAUAGCAGAAAAGGCCACACUUCCACUUGACAAUGGUAAAUCUCAGCAGGAUGUGGAAGCAUGUUUUGUAGCCUUUGGUAUACUGUGUGUGAGAGACUCAUCUGUUCAAAAGAAAUUUCUUCAUAGAAUAUACAUUUUUAUUGGGCUCUCUCCAUCAUUUGUAUUUUUACAGUAACAUCCUCAAGAAACAAGGAAAUUACUAUAAACAAGGUCAUUCCAAGACGUCCACCACAGUUUUGUUUUACUUUGUGCUUUAAGUAGAAUAGUAGAAUUUUAAUAUUGUUAAUUCCUACAUAUUAUUUCAUCAGGUAGUAAAUUUGUGCUGUAAUUUUGAAGUCAUUUUACCGAUUAUUUAGUGAGAAAAGGCUAAAUUAAAGGCUAAAUUAAC